AUGGACGCUUUUAGGAUGUCUUCUGAAUCUCGAACUAUGCUUCAUCAAAAUAUAUUUAUCCAAUGUCGCCGAAAAAAGAUUUCUAAAAUUGUUAGAGAACGUUAUUUAAGAACAGAUAUAUCAUGUGGUUCUCAGAUAUGUAUUCCAUGUACCUUUUUUCCCCAUCUUUCUGUGCCUUCUGAAGGAACAUCUGUUCUUUCUUCUUCUCCUAGAGGAUUUAGUAAUUGGAUUAAUGGUUUUUAUAUUAUUCCUGAUGCAUAUAUAUUCUAUUACUGUAUAAGUCUUAUGGAAAAAAAUAUGGUUUUUAAUGAUGUUAUUGUCUUACAAACGGUUCUUGAGGAACUUCAAAAAAUCAGCCUUCCUGUCUAUACUCGACUUCGACGGCUUAUAGCUCUUCCUGAUAAACGUUUUUAUGUUUUUCAUAAUGAGUUUCAUUCAGAGACUUAUGUAGAACGUAUGGAUUAUGAAUCUAUUAAUGAUCGGAAUGACCGAGGGAAAACUGCUUGUAAAUGGUAUAUAUCUCAUUUACAAGAAGUAACACGGGGCACAAAAACAGUUACACCUACAGUUUUGCUUUUGACAAAUAAUAAAGAGAGCAAAAAUAAGGCAAGAGAAGAGGGAAUAUAUGUAUAUUCUGCAGAAGAAUAUCUUUUUGAAUUUCCCAAUUCAGAUGAACUUCUUGAUAUGAUUUCCUCUAUUUCAGAAACUGAUUCUACUAAUAAAAAAAGAAUAUUUUUAUAUCCAGAGUAUUAUCCUUAUUCUUCUAUAUUGGAAAAUAUAAAAAUGGGUAAAUUGUACCAAGGAACAUUUAAUGUCAAUCCGUAUAACUUUUUGGAAGCAAAUGUUCUAGUACCUAAUUUUGAAAAACCACUUAUUGUUUUUGGAAAAGAAAAUAUGAACAGAGCAAUUCAUGGUGAUAUAGUAGCAGUAGAAGUUUUACCAAAAGAAGAAUGGAGAGCUCCUAUGUCUAAAAUAAUUGAACAAGAAGCUUUAACGAAAGAUGAGAAUGCUGAAGUAAAUGAAUCAGAAGAAGUUAUAACACAAAAAGACCAAUAUGAAAUUAUUGAUGAAUACUAUGCAUUAAAAAAUGAAAGAAUGGAUUUAAAUAAAAUUUUUCCUACGGCAAAAGUCGUUGGUAUUAUAAAAAGAAACUGGAAAACUUAUGUUGGUCAAAUUGAUCCUGAAUCAGUCGUUAUAUCAAAUAAAACUAGGGUUCAACAAACUGUAUUUUUUAUUUCAGUAGAUAAGCGUAUUCCAAAAAUACGUAUUAAAACAAGACAAGGCCCAAUUUUAUUAAAUCAAAAAAUUCUAGUUAAUAUUGAUACAUGGGAAAGGGAUUCUAGGUAUCCUAGUGGUCAUUUUGUUCAUGCUUUAGGAAAAAUAGAUGUAGAUGAUACAGAGACAGAAGCUUUAUUAAUUCAGUAUGACAUAGAAUAUUCUCCUUUUCCAAAAUGUGUUUUGGAUUGUUUGCCACCUGAAGGUGAUAAAUGGGAAAUAUCUUCAGCUAUGUCAUCUAACAACUGGGAAAAAAGAAAAGAUUUACGUCAUCUUCCUAUAUGUAGUAUUGAUCCUCCUGGCUGUGUGGACAUUGAUGAUGCUCUUCAUGUAAGGGUUUUAGCAAACAAAAAUUUUGAAGUGGGAGUUCAUGUUGCUGAUGUUUCACAUUUUGUAAAUCCCAAUACUUCUAUAGAUGCCGAGGCUUCUAAAAGAGGAACCACUGUAUAUCUUUUAGAUAAACGUAUAGAUAUGUUACCAGGGUUAUUAGGAACAAAUCUAUGUUCUUUAAAACCUGGAUUUGAAAGACUUGCAUUCUCUAUUAUUUUUGAAAUAACUCCUGAAAUAGAGAUUAUUAAAACUGAAUUUAUGAAAUCUAUAAUAAAAUCACGUUCAGCUUUUACUUACGAAAAUGCUCAACUUCAAAUAGACAAUAAGUUUCAAAAUGAUGAAUUAACUUCUUCUAUGAGGAUACUUCUCAUGCUUUCUAAGAAACUUCGUCAAAAAAGAUAUGACAAUGGUGCUUUAAAUCUUAGCAGUCCAGAGGUAAGACUUGAAAUCGGAAAUGAAACAUCUGAUAAAAUCACUUUGGAAUCCAAGAAGCUUUAUGAAACAAAUACUUUAGUCGAAGAAUUUAUGCUGUUAGCUAAUAUAGCAGUAGCACGUAAAAUAUAUGAAGUUUAUCCGGAUUUUGCAAUACUAAGACGACAUGCUGCUCCUCCUAAAGAAAAUUUUGAAACUCUUCAAAAUGUUCUUAAAAUAAGACGCAAUAUGAUAUUAAAUAUUAAUUCUUCGAAAGAUUUGGCAGAUUCUCUUAAUAAAUGCAUUGAUCAAAAUGAACCAUAUUUUAAUACAUUGUUAAGAAUUAUGGUCACAAGAUGUAUGUUGUCUGCUGAAUAUUUUUUUGCUGGAAAUUGCAAUUAUUCUGAAUUUAAACACUAUGGUCUUGCUGUUGAUAUAUAUACACAUUGGACGAGUCCUAUUCGUCGUUAUGCAGAUAUAAUGACUCAUCGUCAGUUAGCCGCCGCUAUUGGUUAUGAAACCUUUGAUUCGACCUUGAAAAAUAAAUCUAAGUUAGAAGAUAUCUGUAAAAAUAUUAAUCAUAAACAUCGUAUGGUACAAAUGGUUAGUAGAAGUAAUGUAGAAUAUUAUAUUUGUCAGACAUUGAAAAAUGAAAUGAUUGAAGAUGCUUUUGUGAUGAAAGUAUUUAAAAAUGGAUUUAUCGUUUUUGUUAUAAGGUAUGUUCUUGGAAUAGAAGGUUUAGUAUAUACAUGUGAUAUUUGUAAAUCAGAAUCUUCAGUUUUAUUUGAUCCUGAAUCGUAUACUCUUUCGAUAAGUCAAUUAAAGCCAGAUAUUUUAAAUAUAAAUAAUAAAAAUUCUGAUGGUAUACUAAAUAUUGGUGUUUUUGAUAAAUGCAGAGUUAAAAUAAGUGUAAUUAAAGAAUCUAUUGGUAAAAAAAAAGUCGAUAUAAAGUUUAUAAAAAAACUAUAA